AACUUUACGAAAAAUGUGGAAAACGACACAAUUACAGUAUUGCUUUGCAUAAUGUGGUUAUUUGUUAAGUUGUCAAUUAAAUGUUGCAGCUCAGUAUUAAAAAGAAAUGUUUUGUAAAGUAGAAGCAUUCCAUUUCCCAACCAUCCAUUUGUCGUUGAUUUUUCCCAUGCUUUUGCUUUUCAUUUUCUUUUAAUCUCUCUUUCCCUUUAAUGACAAAAGACAGGUCAGUUAGAAGCUACUUUCAAUUGAUAGAAAUAGCUGGAUUUGAUACAACUAAUCAUGUUUCUGUACUUCAAAAUAGAUGGUUGCAAGACAACAACAUCACUGAAUUACCUCCUGAACUAUUUCAAGAUCUAGAAAACCUGCAGGAACUCUAUCUGUCAAAUAACAAGUUGAAGAGUCUACCACACCGACUUUUUAGCAGCCUUUCCAAGCUGAUACAUCUGGAUUUGUCAAACAACGAACUUGGAAAUCUGCCAUCGCGCAUCUUCAGAAACAUUACAGCGGUAGAAUUUCUGAAAUUGGACUACAAUAAAAUUGAGAGGCUUCAUGAAGAUCAGUUCCAGGGUUUGGUAAAGUUGAUGGAAUUAUAUCUCUCGGAGAACAAAAUCGAGGCUUUGCCUGACAAAAUUUUUAUGGGCGUCGGAAACCUCAAAGCUCUAGAUAUUUUCGGGAAUAAGAUACAAAACAUUUCCAGCACGACUUUCACCUAUGCCCAAGAAUUGCGAUUUUUGACUGUAGACACCAACCUGAUGUGUUGUCAUUUGAGGAAAGAGACCGCGGAUUGUGACUAUGCUUAUGUCGACAUGUCCAGCUUCUCUAGUUGUGAAACUAUGUUCAGAAAUCGAGCUCCUAGGAUAUGUCUCUGGGUGUUCGGAAUUAUGUCGUUGCUUGGUGCAGUGUUUGUGAUCGUCUGGCGGCUGGUAUUUAAGGAGACGAAGAAAAAAAACAAAAUACAGUCUAUCAUGUUGAUACAUUUGGCUGGGUCUGAUGGACUGAUGGGUGUCUACCUUAUUAUAAUAGGUGUGAUGGAUGCCAUUUGGGCAGGGCAGUUCUUCUUGCAUGACUAUUACUGGCGUUCAAGUUUGUCAUGUCAGAUAACAGGUGCCAUUGCCGUGUUGUCAA